UCCGAACGCACCUGCUUGGAUCAUGGAGAUAUCGCCAAGAAAGGUUGUAUACUUGGCUAUUCAAGCCGGGAUCGUCAUUACCAUUCGGCGAGAAGAAGAUGGCUACUCCGGUCCCUGCAUCUUCUGCUGGCAUGAGCGAUCGGAUCUCUGGCUUCAUGCUCUUCCAGCACACGCCAUAGCCGAAGGACGCCAUGUUCCUCCAUCUUUUAGUGUCAUUCGGCCUACGGAGAGGGCUAGAUUCCACCAACUUUUGCCUGGUGAAAGUUUCCGCCUGAAUGUGGGUCAUUUUGAACCUUUCCAGGAUCAAUUCGUCCCUGGUGAGAAAUAUGAACUGUUUUGGCCCGGUGCUGAAUACAUCCUUUGGGACUGGGGAUUUUUGCACGAGCUUGUAGAUCACGAAAUCGGCGGCGAAAGCCAUUCCCGCGCUGUUAUUCCAGUAAGGGGCAGUAUUUCCUUCACUACUAUCGACGAAGAGCAAGUCAUCUGGUCGGCGCCUGGACCUGAUAUAAGCCCCGAUAGAAUAGAUCUCUCUGAUGGUAUAACGGAUGAAGAUGGCAAGCCAGUAUUGACGGGUGCAAAGCCAAUCAAUUUCCAUAAUAUUGAGACCGACGUUUUUCGACUCGAUCGCCGGUGCCACGAUUAUGACCCGAACAAUUUCGAAAGUGAGUUAUUCUCAGAAUGGGAGCCAGAUUAG